GUCCUCUAAAGUAUUCCAGCUGCUGCGGCUUCUCGCAGAGAGCCUCCAAAACCGUUCAGCUAAGUCCAAAAAACCACUAAAACCCUUGUUAAAUCUCUACCAUUUCUAUUUUCCAGCGUUGGCUUUCUUCGUAUUUCCGCGGUCACUAUUUUCCUCUAAGAGAUUUGAUCUACUGAAAAUGGCAGCAACUGCGGCCUCCGGCCUGCAAUUGGCAACAACAAGGCCCUACUUUUCCUCUUGUCACAGAGUUGUCAAAGCAGGUGCGGCUAUUAUUGGUGCUAACUCUAGGGAAGCAUCGUGGACUAAGCUUGCCAGUGCUUCUCAUAUAUCCUCCAUACAACCUUUCCGACGGCAGAAUUUCAUGUCAUGUUCAGUUAAAUUCAAUAGGAUUUCCACAAAAGCAAUGUCUGAAUCUAUUGAAAGUGAGAGAGUGUCUGGACUGCCUAUUGAUUUGAGAGGUAAACGGGCUUUUAUUGCUGGCGUGGCUGAUGAUAAUGGGUAUGGUUGGGCAAUAGCAAAAUCUCUUGCUGCUGCAGGUGCUGAAAUUCUGGUUGGAACAUGGGUGCCUGCCUUAAACAUUUUUGAAACCAGCUUGCGACGAGGGAAGUUUGAUGAAUCACGAGUGUUGCCAGAUGGUUCUUUGAUGGAGAUCAACAAAAUAUAUCCCCUUGAUGCAGUGUUUGACAACCCUGAGGAUGUGCCUGAAGAUGUGAAAAUGAACAAGCGCUAUGCAGGAUCAUCUAAUUGGACUGUUCAGGAAGUUGCUGAGUCUGUCAAACAGGACUUUGGCAGUAUUGACAUCCUUGUGCAUUCACUUGCUAAUGGGCCAGAGGUCAGUAAACCUCUAUUGGACACAUCAAGGAAAGGAUAUCUUGCAGCUGUAUCUGCAUCAAGUUAUUCGUAUGUUUCUUUGCUCAAGCAUUUCCUACCAAUAAUGAAUCCAGGUGGUUCUUCAAUUUCUCUUACAUACAUUGCUUCUGAGAGGAUCAUUCCAGGAUAUGGAGGAGGUAUGAGUUCUGCCAAAGCUGCACUUGAGAGUGACACAAGAGUACUUGCUUUUGAAGCAGGAAGGAAACACAAAAUUAGAGUCAACACAAUAUCUGCUGGUCCACUAAGAAGCCGAGCUGCAAAAGCAAUUGGAUUUAUUGAUACAAUGAUUGAGUACUCAUUAGCCAAUGCUCCCCUGCAAAAGGAACUAUCUGCAGAUGAGGUGGGGAACACUGCUGCCUUCUUAGCAUCGCCUCUGGCUUCUGCCAUCACUGGCGCUCUUAUAUAUGUUGACAAUGGCCUCAAUGCAAUGGGCAUCGGCCUUGACAGUCCAAUACUGAAAGACCUUGACAUCCCCAAAGACAAGCACUAGAGGAUACUGCAGGUGGGUUCUUAGCGAGUGAAACUUGAGCUUUAGUUAGUGCUGCGAUUUUCCCUCCCUUGUUCCUUUAUCCCUUCAUUGGCAUUGCCCUAAAAGAGCUUGGCCAGCGGCAAUUCUUUUUGAGAUCUUCUCUUAAAAGGAACCUGAUUAAUCUGAAUCAGAAUUUCUUGCAGGUGUUUCACAUUCCUUUGUGGCAAUGUUUAUAUUGCAACUUUUUUUUUUAGACUGUUGAUGUUAACAUUGAGAUUAUUUAUACGAGUGAGUUUUACCUA